AUGGACUCGGACGAGGAAAGAACGCUUUUCAGCCGCGACCAUGGGGACGAGGACGACCUGGUGAAGUUCGACGACGCCGACCGCGACUCCGACCACGGCGGUCACGCCUCGGUGGUGGACGACUUCGGCAACAACUACGACUACCUUGACCUCAACAACAAAGCCUACACUCGCAAACUUCGAUUCAAAGGUAAGCGAUUGGUGUACUUCACUCUGGGGUUCAUCUCGUUGUUUGUUUCGCUUUUUGGCUACGAACAAGGGGUGUGUCUGGGAAUCCUUAUUUUCGAUACUUUCACCCGGUACUUUGACCAUCCGACAGCGUCCGAGAUCGGGUUUGUCAUUUCCAUCCUCGAGAUUGGCGCCAUGAUCUCGCUGUUGUUGGUGGCGAAAAUGAGUGAUACGUUUGGCCGUAAACGGACGAUGCUUUCGGGAACCCUUAUAUUUAUGGUGGGCGGCCUUUUACAAACCUGUGCCACCAACUUAGUGGUAUUUGGUGUGGGGCGAGUGAUCUCCGGGUUCGGAGUGGGUAUUCUCUCCACUAUCGUGCCCCUGUACCAAUGUGAAAUCCUGCCCCUGGAAGAGCGGGGUAAGUUGGUAUGUGGCGAGUUUACCGGUAACAUCAUUGGCUACGCCCUCUCAGUGUGGGUCGAUUACGGUCUGUAUUUCUUCCAAGACAUUGGUGAUGCCCGGAAAAAGCCCCAUAGCACUAUUGCCCAGCUUUCGUGGCGGUUACCAUUAUUUCUACAGGUGGUAAUUGCGUUUGUGCUUUUCAUCGGCGGCUUCUUCAUUGUCGAACUGCCACGGUGGCUCUUGGAUAACGACAUGGACCAGCAAGGGUUCCAUGUGCUCGCAUUGCUCUACGACCUGGACCCGCUGCCCCAGAAAGUCCAGGAUGAAUUUUUGCAUAUUAAAAACGCCAUUUUGCACGAGCGGGUUACCACGCCGAAGUCAGAACGCCUGUGGCGCCACAUGUUCCGCGCCUACAAACUGAGAAUCUUGCUCGGGUGUCUGGCGCUCAUGUUUGCCCAGUUCAAUGGGAUUAAUAUCAUUUCAUACUAUGCUCCCCUCGUAUUCCGCGAGGCCGGUUUUGAUCACAGCAACGCGCUUUUGAUGACGGGGAUCAACGCUCUUGUCUACUUGGCGCUGACGAUCCCACCGUGGUUCCUAGUUGACCGGUGGGGGCGUAAACCGAUCUUGAUUUCCGGGGGGAUCACCAUGGGCAUCUGUCUUUUGCUCAUCAGUUUCAUGAUGUACGUCAACCAAAGCUACACGCUGAUGCUGGUGGCGUUGUUGGUGAUCGUCUACAACGCUGGCUUUGGCUACUCGUGGGGUCCGAUUGGGUUUUUGAUCCCCCCUGAAGUGUACCCGCUCUCGGUGCGGUCGAAAGGGGUGUCAUUGGCCGUGGCUACAAACUGGCUUUCAAACUACAUUGUGGGCCAGUUGACUCCUGUGCUCCAAGAGAGCAUCCAGUGGGGGUUGUACCUUUUCCCCGCGGGGCUGUGCUUCAUCCUGGUGAUGGUAGUGUUCCGGUUCUACCCGGAGACCAAGGGGUUGGAGCUUGAAGACAUUGACAAGUUGUUCCAACAGGACGGCGGUGUUACUAGUGGCGGCCCUGGCGGGCGCUACCAGCGCGUGGCUCUGUUUGAGCUCGAGCCAUUAUCGGAGCCGUUGUCGGAACCCGAAUCAACUUCCGAGCGCCAGCAUUUGUCUUAG